AUAAUAAGACUACGAAAUGAAAUUGAUAGAUAUUUCAUCAGCAAUCACCCAGAAAAGACCUCAUGGCAGCCUUUAUGAAAUUGGCAGUUCUUCUUGGAGUACUUGUCUCCCCAGCCUCUCCCACGGAAACUCCAACUCCUCCAGGUAACCAAAACCUAGACCUUGUCGGUGCCAUUGAAGAGAUGCAAAGAGCCAACUACUUCACCUUUGUCACACUCAUCAACAUGGCUUCUCUGGGCAGAAAAAUUCAAGAGAAUGUUACUUUCUUGAUGCCUAAUGACAGGAUGCUAUCAAGGACUGUGAUGCCACAAGGCAAUGUCUUUGAGUUCUUGCUCCACCAUUCCAUCCCAUCUCCCUUGUUUUUCGAGUACUUAGAGCGUAUCCCAACAGGCUCUAUCAUACCUAGUUCAUUCCCAGGUUACAUGCUCAGAAUCAUCAACAAUGGCAGGAGAAACUUCUCCAUCAACAAUGUGAAGAUCAUUAGCCCCAAUAUUUGCACGGAGGGGUCUUCAAUCCGGUGCCAUGGCAUUGAUGGUGUUCUGCUGCCAACAAAGAUGCAAGAGAACGACACAACUACUUCUCCAAUCCCUUCUUGCUCUAGCAGCUCACCUCCUGCUGCAGUGGGUAGACCUCCAGCUCCAUCAUUUCCAUCACCAACAAUUCCACUUGGUGUACUUAAUCCUACUACAGCAAGUGCCCCAAGACCUUCCCAACCAAAUGCCAGUCCACAAAGAUCAGGGCCUUCCCCAUGGUUCUCUUAUGGGGGAAUGUUGAAAUUCCUAGUUUCCUGUAUGAUGGUGUUGAUAGUGGGGUCUAUCUAGUUAGUGUAAUAUAGCUUGAAAACCAGUGCAAGUGUUAUGUGAGCCCGGGGUGUUUGUAAAUGGGCAAACUGGUUGUAUAAUUUUCAUGAUGGGUCCUUGUUUUCCCAGGCCUGAACUGUGAAGUCAUUGCUGGAAAAAGGUCCAUAUAUGUACUAGUCCUUACAAGUUACGAGUAUUGUUUUGCCAUUUUGGUCCCCCUCCUUCCAGAUUCUUAUUCCAGCACAGAUUUUGUACUUGAGAAUAAAAAUAAGAAUAUUAUUCAUAAUCA